CUCGCAGUCUCAAAUUUCAAUUCACAGCCAUCAGCUGCAGUCUCCCUCUACGAACCAUCACCCCCUUAAUCAGCAAACCGCCUGCUAAUUAUCUUCCAGGCUCAGCUCAGUCCAGAUGUCAUCAUCAAGCGUCAAUCAGAAUCCAUCGAAUCCCGAGCAAGUACCCGGCUCGUCCUACAGCGGUCUCUUCGGCUUGGAGGAUGACGCCGAUAGUCGAAGUGAUGUGGACGAGUUUGAGGGCGAGGACGGCGAUGAGAGUCAUGGCGAAUCGAAGUGGACGUACAACUAUUGGCAAGUAGAAGGUUUUCAUCAUCCGGCCUUUCUUAAUGGUGAUGGUCAUCAUCCUGGUCCUCAUCAUCCUUCAACCUCUCAUCAACCGAUGAUCACCCCUGGCGGCCGUAGCUCAAACACAACCAAGAGACGCAUCCCUCCAUUCAAGGAACUCAAGGGUGUCACUGCCUACGACAUCUCUGCCAGAAGGUUCAACGAUGAUGAGAGCUACAUCAGCGACUUCAACCCUCAGCAUUCUCCCCUGAUCCCCUCCAACCUACAUGUCGCCGAACUCAGACCGGAGGAGAAAGAACGCUUCGAAUGGCAAGAUAUGCUCACCAACGUCCUCACCGGUGAAGUACUCCGGACCGAGAAGACCAGGAUCUCAGAAGUAUCAGGCGCCAAAGAUACCAGUAUGCGCCAACAGGACGCUUCGAGGAUGUCCGACAUCUGGGUCGGAUUACGUGCCUACUUGCGAUGUCGAUCGAUUGCCGACGAACAACGCUACCUAGAAGAUGCUCGACUCCAGAUGGACCAAGUACUAGAGGACGUGCGCAAGUUCAAGCUAUCCUCCAGAAUCCCAAAGGAUGAGGCCAUCCAACGCGUCCAAUCUUUACUACUCAGAGUCGAUUGGUGUGAGGCACUCUAUCCUUCAAACAAAUCACUAGGAAGGGAGAGACCGGCUUGGAAAGAACCCGAGAUCGUCUCAAAACUCGAAACCCUUCGCUCUUGGGACAAUAACGUACGAGGACUCAGGGUCCAGAUCGGAAUCCUACAAAAAUUCAUGCGCGCUGAUAAACUAGAUGUCAUCCAUCCUAACGUCUCCCAUCCAUCAUCAUCAUCCGCCACAUCAUCCCUCGAUCCAUCCAACCCGGCAUCACCUCCGAACGACUCCGAUCCUCGUAUCUCAUCCCCCCCUAGCUCUCAAAACAACAUCCCUGCCAAUUCGAGACCCACAAAACAACUCCUGGAACCUUCGACGUUUGUCGAAAGAAUCUUACAGGAAGGAUCAGUCAAUCGACUCUUUGCUCAAAAUACGUUUGACAAUCUCAACCGAUUGAUCAUCAAGGCCAAGGAAACCAUGAUCAAAUUCUUGACCUCCUUCGAAACCUUCAGAUUACCGUCCUAUCGAGACGAUCUCUUAGUUCUGGCCAACUUUGCGCCCUCACUCAUGCAAGAGGUCCUAAGGAUCAGGCUUCAAAACGUCAAACUCUUACGGAGUGAUCUCUCAGAGCUUCCACCAGUCUUACUUCAACAGCUGACCGAUGAUUUCCGGACGAGCUUGACUCAUGCGACUGCCGUCAAAAAGUUUUGGAUGGAAAUCAUGAAGGCUGAGACAAAUUGGGAUAUGUGUUUACCUGAGGCCGAACGACAAGCUUUUGACGAAACCUUAACAAACGCCUUGAAAUUCUUCUUUAGAUUGUUGAACACUCACAUCCUAACCGGUAGUAAUAAAACUCUAGAUUCGAAAGAUACUGAGGUCGUCGAAGGCGAAUGGGGUUUCCUAAAAUCAGCAGUGGCUGAGAUCGAAGGGGGCGAUGUCCUAUUGGGAGAACAUUACAGCACACUCACUCAUCGGCUGAUGUCACGGGUCCAUCAUUUCUUUGACACCAAUCUAGACAUUGCCGAGCGACGAUUGAGUGCACGAAAAGUCAACGUUCCAGAAUUAGUGAGAUGGAAUGAGCUGAUCCUCUCCUCACUUCGUCAACGGCAUCGCAAAGUACUCCGGUUCAGUCGGACGAUCCUCAGUCGGUUCGAAAACUCGGCCGAGUAUGCACUGGAGAAAUACGCAAUCGAUCUCAGUUUUUUUGUCGGUGGGCUCAACGAAACAAACCAUUUCUUAAUCUAUACCGGCAACUUUGAGCGUGACGGAAUAUAUCUCGUCGGCUCUCCCUCACUCUCCCAGCGUCCCGAUAUCGUCUCGGCAUUACUCUCUAAAUGCUUCCACAUCCACACCCAACCGGAUUACGAACCACCGUUGACGCGUAACCACAAGAGUUUUGAUUUCGCAGAAGUUGAUGGAUUCCAGCCCGAUCCUUUCUUACCCACCAGUAAUCCAGCAAACGAUGAGACGGCCUCCAUUCAUGGAACCAAUUCGAAUGGGAAGGUUAAUUAUCCACACUACAUCCUUAUCCUCUCCCCUCGAGACCCGUUCAUGUGGACUGGACAAGUGAUGAAUAUUGAUCUGCCCAAGGUGGAACUCGACGUUCGGGAUCAUCGAGUUAGGCUGGUAGCCGACGGACCGGGCCAACACCUCUAUCUCGCCAAAUCAGCCUUCCUCGGCACCUUUCCUGCAUUUCGAGCGUUGACUGUUGUUGAUCAGAAGGCCCAUCUGUUCCGGGUGAACCGGGAGAUCAAGAAGAUCAAACGGGCGAGUUAUCGGAUGAGCGAGACGGUCAUCAAGAGCGUUGAUCGGAUCAUCCUUGCCGUCAAAAAAGCUCCAGGCUCGGAGCCCCUCUUAUCGGCUUACUUCAACUUCGCCGCCGAACUCUCUGAGCGAAGUAUGAGGUACAUGGAGAAAGCAAUCCGAGAACGGUAUACGGCUCUGUUGAUUCAGUUCGGGAUCAAGUGGAUCUCCUUCGUCUCCGAUGAUUGUAAGACGGAUGAUUUGAAAACCUUCAGGGCAGCCGUGAAUGCGCUUGAAUUUGUGAUGGAGAAGACGAAGGAUGACAUGAUUCUAGAAUUGAGUCACGAGGAGUUUGUUCGAUUGAGGUCGAAGGUGGCCAGUUGCAUGUCGCUCCUGAUCUCCCAUUUUGACGUCCUAGGAGCCCGAAGCAAGGCAGAGGCUAAGCAGCAGAAGGAACGGCUGGAUGCCCAACGGCAGGAGAUGAAGUGGCGACUGGACAACAAGAUGGCCCACAUGAAGGGGCGCGAUUGGUCGAUGGUUGCGGGAGAGGGCCGGACGGCGAAGAGUCGGGAAGGGAUCGACUCGGCCCUAUCGAGUCUCAGCGAGCGACGAGAGCGAUGGAGAGGACCGUUGGAAGCGCUCGAUGCCACCCGACACGAGAAGCUCGCCUCGCUUGGCCUCGCCGGCCAGGAGCUCGACCACAACGCCAGCGACAACCGUGGCCUGCUCUUCCUCGCCUCAUCCUCUUCUAACAUCUCCAUCCGCUGGCAACAGGGUAGAUACGUCGGCGGAGGCACCUUUGGCUCAGUCUAUCUUGCCGUCAACCUUGACACCGGCGACGUCAUGGCCGUCAAAGAGAUCAGACUACAGGAUAUCACUACUGCUCCUAAACUCGUCAAUCAGAUCAGAGACGAAAUGAAUAUUAUGUCCUUACUUAGGCACCCUAAUAUCGUGGAAUACUUCGGGAUCGAAGUCCAUAGAGAUAAGGUGUAUAUCUUCCAAGAGUUCUGCGAAGGUGGUACCCUGGCCGCUCUCCUCGAAAACGGCAAAGUCGAAGAAGAACUUAUCUGCCAGAUGUACGCCCAUCAACUAUUAGAAGGAUUAAAUUAUCUUCAUUCAAAUAAUGUCGUCCAUAGGGACAUUAAACCAGACAAUAUUUUGUUAGAUAAAGAAGGUAAAUUGAAAUAUGUAGACUUUGGAGCAGCGAAAAUCCUAGCGAAGGAGUCGAGGACGCUGGCGUCGAAGCGCUCGAAGCGGCCCAGUUCAUGGAUGGCAAAAGGCGGCGGAGGCGGUGGAGCGCAUGGCGACCACAACGCCUCGAUCACCGGCGUCCAGAUGAAUAGCUUGACCGGCACCCCGAUGUACAUGAGUCCCGAGGUCAUCAAGGGCGAGGAGUUCGGCCGUCCGGGGGCUAUGGAUAUCUGGAGCUUGGGCUGCGUCGUCCUCGAAUGUGUCACCGGGAAAAGACCGUGGAGUAAUCUGGAUAACGAAUGGGCAAUCAUGUUUCAUAUAGGCAUAGCCACCAAACAUCCACCCUUACCUGAUCCACAAGAGUUAUCGGAACUAGGGAUCGACUUUAUCCGGAAAUCGUUAACAUUAGAUCCGGUGACCCGGCCGACGACUAUGGACCUGUUAAACCAUCCCUGGAUGAAAGAUCUCGAGGCCUGUCUGAUCGAGAUGAACGAGGACAACGAGGAGUACAAUAAUUCGACGUCCAAUAAUCAUCAUCCCUCGUCUUCCUCUACAUCCUCCUCUGCCUUCAUUCUCCCGCCCCAACAACAACAACAUCAACAACAACAACAACAGGAACAACAACAACAGGAACCAGAUCAUCAGGAUCAUCAGGAUCCUAAUCAGAAGCUUUUCAAUCAAAUCGAACAUCUCUCUCUUGCUCAGAAAACCGCGCUGCAUAGCUUGCCCGAAGUCGAAGAAUCCUCCGAUUCUUGAAUGCCUUUCUCUUCUUCAAUCCCCCCUCCUCCCCACCACUCCUCAUUUUUAGAUCCUUAGACUUUUUUUUUCUAUCUCAUUCUCCUAACGCAUCUCUUUUUUUUUCCCUUUCUCUCUUUCGUUACCAUUUUAUGGUCGUUUAGGAAGAUGCACUGGUUUCUCUGACUUAUUUUCAUUCAAAGAAUAACACGAGUUGGGCAGGGGCAUGGAGAGAUGUGCAAAGACUUAGUUGAGAAGGAGUGUCGAAAAUAAAUAAAUAAAACCUGAAACUGGACCAUCGGGUCGGAUCGGAUUGGAUCAAAUGAUUCUUUUUUGUUCACGUUCGAACCAGAAAUGUCGAAAAUAUUUAAGCUUAACUAUCCAUACUUCCAUAAUCAUUUGUUGUAAGAAAAUAUAUAUAUAUAUAUUUGAUUGAUGAUAAAUAUGUACCCACACCCUCGUUUUUUUCUGUAUGUUCGUACCUAUAAAAGCUUAUAUACAUAUUUACAUAUAUAGAAUACGGUCG